AUGGAUCUCACGCAACUCGCUGUCGAUGCGGCCGCUGACAUGAAGGGCCUGGUAUCACUUUAUUCAACCAAUGCGGCGGCCACGGCCGUGGUUUUUCUCGUCUUGGCAUAUGUGGUAUUGACAUUUCACAAACGUAUCGUGCGACCAACAAAACCAACCAAAACAACAUCAUCCUCACAGAAGUCGACAGCCGAUCCAGACGGCCUUGCGUAUUUCCUUCCUCCGUCGCGCCGCCAAGUGCUGCCACCACCCUUUGGCACAGUCGAGAAGGACAGUGUCAAAGAGGGCGAAGGUGGAUUUGUCUCCCCUACCGGCAUUCGUCUUUGCGAACUUCGGCGUCUCGUGGGCUCCUUUCCGGACUACGCGGUGCUCAGCGGCGUGCCCCACCCACAGCCAUGCCCGGCCGGAUUUACGCUAGAGACGGCCCGCUUCCGGCCGUUUCGACCAUUUCGAUGGCGAUACCAUCAACACAUGGCACUUAUGAAACUGGACCCCGACAACUGGCUGGAGCUACAGCACAGCUACAAAGCGAGUCUGGCGGAACGGCGCGCCCUUUAUGAGGCACACGGCGAAAAGAUUUUGUUCUGCAGUACGCCCGGCGACGACAACGACAACGACAGCGUUGUGGAUGCUCUGGCGUGCCGCGAGCUGCUGGAGAUGGCGCUGCAGUUUGUCUGUCGGCGGUAUCCGCAUCUCUUUGCACUGGACGAGCAGGAAGGAGAGAAACAGACCGUUCGCGUGUUUGUCAACGAGGUGCUCGGCACAAAAGUCGUGCUGGAUGACGGCGUCUAUGGCCACCGUGCGCUCCAAGUCCUGCUCGAUAACAUUCCCGAAGACUUUGCCAUUGUCACGCGCAGCGCAGACGACGGGCGCUACCGCCUGCGCGCGGCCAGUGUCUCCUCGUCCGUCGGCUGGUGCAUCGGACAGCACCGCGGGCGGCCGCUGCAGGACAUCCACGGCCGGGUGACGGACUAUGCGACGAAAAUGGCGCGCAGCAUGGACCGCUACUUUGCCAAGCUGCCGACGGACCAGCCGAUCCAGCGCGGAUCGUGGACCAUCGAAGAGGGGCGGCCGCUGUUUGUCGAGCACGAGGCCGACCGGCCAGGCCUUGGUUCGGAAGGCGAUGGCGAUGGCGAUGGUGGACGCAGUGGACGGCUGCCCCUGCAUCUCCGCUGCGACUGGCAGACGCUGCGCCGGCUGCCUCUGACGGGCGCGAUUGUGUUCAAUUUCAAGCCGGCGUUUACGCCCCUCACGGACCUGAGGAGUGAGCCGUACGUGCCGGCGCUGCUGCACCAGAUCCUCGACCAGGGCGACCCGCGACUGGUGACGCCGGGCAAGUGCAUGGAGCACACCCACAAGGAGGUGGUGUCUCUCCUGAAAUCGUGGGCAGACGAGCAGGUCGCGUCAGGCGUGGUGCCGGCCGAUUGGGAACCGCGAACAUUGGACGAAAGUCCAUUUUAUCCUGGAUGGGAGGCGGUGUGGCACGGGGCCCAGGGGUUUUGA